AAGCGUCGUCGAGGCGCGCUUCCGUUAAAAUCAAUUGAAAUAUAAUGGAGGGCGGUUUUGAAUUACGCCCGCGUCCGUAUUUUCCAUGCUCUUUACGCUUUGCCGCGAAAACUGUAAACAAGUGGAAGAUAUAAACCGGAAAUAACGACCCAGAGAUACCCAAAACAUUAAGUAAGGGAUAAGCUUUUACUCAUAUGUACAUUUUACGUGACUAUUUCAUCUUUUUCAUGAGGAAUCAACAAAUUAAAGGGUAGCACAACAAAUUCGCCGGCAUCCACAUCCGCCGUGUCAGCAUCUUCGAGUCAACAGUCGCGAAUUUCCUUUGCCGUGGACAUGACCACUGCUCGCCUCCUGUUCUCGCUGAUGAUUCCAGUGCUGCUGGAGGCAGUUCUUCCCCCACGAAGACCCAAUGUGGUGAUGGUGAUCUUUGACGAUCUGCGUCCAGUGCUGGGAAGUUAUGGUGAUCCGCUGGCCAGCACCCCGUAUCUGGAUACCUUCGCUCGGGGAAGUCAUGUGUUCACAAGGGCUUAUAGCCAGCAAUCACUCUGUGCGCCCAGCCGAAAUUCCCUUCUCACGGGUCGACGACCGGAUACCCUGCACCUGUACGACUUCUACAGCUACUGGCGCACUUUCACCGGUAACUUCACGACUCUGCCGCAGUACUUUAAGGAGCACGGGUACUACACAUACAGCUGUGGGAAGGUAUUUCAUCCGGGGCUGUCCUCCAACAACACGGACGACUAUCCCCUGAGUUGGUCAGCUCCAGCUUUCCGACCGCGAACCGAGCAGUUUAUGAACUCGCCGGUUUGUCCGGAUCGCGAGGGCAUUCUGCGGAAGAACCUCAUCUGCCCGGUGGACCUGCAAACCCAGCCGUACAAAACCCUGCCGGACAUUGAGUCCGUGGCGGAGGCACUGCGCUUUGUGGAAUCCCGGAAGAACAACAAUCGGGAGCCCUUUUUCCUGGCCAUGGGGUUCCACAAGCCGCACAUUAACUUCCGCUUUCCGCGACAGUUCCUUUCGCGGUUCCGCCUCUCGCAGUUCUUCAACUACACGGAGGACCGACUGAAGCCACCGGACAUGCCGGCGGUGGCCUGGAACCCCUUCACGGAUGUGCGGGCCAGGGACGACUUCAAGCACUCCAACAUAUCCUUUCCCUACGGACCGAUUUCCAGGCACCAAGCAGCUCAGAUUCGACAGGGAUACUACGCCUCGGUGGCCUACGUGGAUGACCUGUUCGGCAAGCUGAUCGAAGGACUGAAUCUGGACGAAACGGUGGUGGUGGUUCUGGGCGAUCACGGCUGGUCCUUGGGCGAACACGCGGAGUGGGCCAAGUACAGCAACUUCGAGGUGGCCCUCAGGGUGCCCCUGAUCAUAAGGAGUCCGCAGUUCCCGGUCAGCCAGACGAAGUUCUACCACGGGAUCACCGAACUUCUGGAUGUGUUUCCCACCUUGGUGGAUCUCGCUGCGCUACCCAAGCUCCCCACCUGCCAGGACUCUCUACAGUUGACCUGCGGCGAGGGCAAGAGCCUGUACUUUCAGCUUAUGGGUUUGGGCAGGGCUGAGGAACAUGUGGCACUCAGCCAGUAUCCCCGACCCGGAAUGCUGCCCACAAAGCACCCAAACAGCGAUAAGCCGAAGUUAAGGAACAUAAAAAUAAUGGGCUAUAGCCUCAGGACGGAUGUAUAUAGGUACACCUUGUGGGUGAGGUUCCACUCCCAAAACUUUAGCAGAGACUGGCAUGAUGUUUAUGGCGAGGAGCUGUACGACCACCGACUGGAUUCUGGAGAGGAGCUGAACCUGGUGCCCCUGCCCGAGUUCGACGAUGUCCGCCAGCGACUGCGACGACGUUUGAUGGAGGUCGUGGGCAGCUAGUGGAGAUCGGCGAUCGGCGUUCGGAGAUCCUCCGUUUCCCCGCCGAAACCCUCUGAUUUUGAAUGAAUUCAUAAGCAAUAAAGGCAGCGCGACAAACGAUCGCGGGUCG